AUGGCACCUGCCCAGUCGACAUUCAAGGGUCUCCCAGUGAUCCCUCCUAAUGACCCCUCUUUGACCGCCACGACCACCACUCCCCGCAAGAUCCGCAAAGUGUUCGAGGCAAUCGAUCAAGCCGAGGGAGCAGGCGCAAGAGUCAGGAGGUCUGUCGGCACAAGAGAGUUGAAAAACUUUACCCCCUUCCUUAUGCUGGACCACUUCACUAUCGCUCCCGGCGCAGGCUUCCCAGACCACCCCCACCGCGGCCAGGAAACAAUCACAUACCUCCUCAGCGGCGCCGUCGACCACGAAGACUUCGCUGGCAACAAAGGCACCAUUCACGCUGGUGACCUCCAAUUCAUGACGGCAGGCAGAGGCAUUGUGCACGCCGAGAUGCCCGCCCAGAACCCCGACGGCAGUGCCAAUAUCGGUAUGCAACUAUGGGUCGACCUCCCCGCCCAACUCAAAGACUGCGAACCCCGCUAUCGCGACUUGCGCGCCGCUGAGAUCCCUGUCGCAAAGUCUGAGGAUGGAAAAGUUGAGGUCAAGGUUAUUUCUGGUCGCGCAUAUGGAGUAGAUUCGUUGCAAGAGUUGGCAUAUACACCGGUGUGGUUGUUGGAUGUCAGAGUGCAGCCUGGUGGCACUUUCAACACUCCUUUGCCGCACAAGUGGAAUGCCUUCAUCUACACUCUCAGCAGCAGCAUCAACCUGUCCUCUGGGUCGACUUCGCGAACGAUUCCUCAGUAUCACAAUGCUGUUCUUGAGCAAGAGGGCGAUGCUAUCGUUGCCAGUGUCCCUGAGUCAGCGGACAAGGAGAGCAGAUUUAUCUUGGUCGCCGGUAUGCCCCUGAACCAACCUAUCAUCCAAUACGGUCCUUUCGUUCAGACCAGCACAGAGGGCAUCUACAAGGCAAUGGCCGACUACCAAGGCUACACCAACGGCUUCGAGCGUGCUGAAAACUGGGAGUCGGAGAUUGGUAAGAGCAUGGUGCACUAG